AGACCCUUCGUCAGAACUAACUGAAGGAAGAGUGAGUAAGGGAUUUGAAAGCUGGAGGGGGAGGGGGAGAUCCAAAAUGAUAGGAGAAGACAGGAGGGGGAGGGAUGGAGCCAAGAGCUGGACAGGUGAUAGGCAAAAGGGGAUACGAGAGGAUCAUGGGACAGGAGGUCCGGGAAGAAAGACAAGGGGGGGGGUGACCCAGAGGAUGGGCAAGAGGUAUAUUCAGAGGGACAGAGGGAGAAAAAUCACAGGGUAUAGGUUUAAAUUAACAACUUUAACUAAUUGCAUAGGUACAGGAGCUCCCAAUAAUGAGGUUAAAUAAAACUGUUUUACAACUUUCAGUUCCAGGUCUACCCAAAUUGGCUGAUCACUCUUAUCAACCCAGUAUAACCAAAAAGACAUGUAUCGCACAUUAACAGCCCAAUAAUACAUUCUUGGAUUAGGCAAAGCAAGACCUCCAUCCUUUUUCAAUUUUUGUAAAUGACAUUUACUAAUUCUUGGUCUUUUAUUAUUCCAAAUAAAAGAUAAAAUAAUAGAAUCAAUCCGAUCAAAAAACUUCCUAGUCAAAAAACAGGAAUAUUCUGAAAUAAAUAUAAACAUUUCGGUAAAAUCAUCAUUUUAACUAUAUGAAUAUGACCAACAAGUGAAAAUGUAAGUGGACUCCAUCUACUAAAUAAAUACUUCAUAGAGUCUACUAAGGGAACAAAAUUGGCUUUAUAAAGAUCCUUAUAUUUUUAAGUAAUCAUAAUACCUAGAUAUCUAAAAGAGUCUGCAACUUUAAAAGGAGUAUUAUCAUACUGUGUUUUCUUUCCCUCCCCCCAGUUAGUAAAAAAGUAGAGUAACCUUGUGAAAAAAAGUCUCAGCAAAAAAAGGUAUUUACAUUCCAUCGACUAAUAAACAAGAAAGAACCAAAAUAAUAUUAUCUCUUAGAGAGAAAAACCAGCACCAUCUUCAAGUUUAAUAUUAAUUCCUUAAAAAAGCUUUAAAUUCAAUUAUAGAAUGUUAUAAUAAAACAGGAAAAAUAUAUCAAAAACCCUAUUAGUAGGAAAAAACUACCAAUUAGCUAAUUAAAAAAAAGAAACAAACCAAGUAUUAAAUUAAAGGAACAAAUCCCCUUAUCUUUUUCUCUCAGUCGUAGAAUUUCAGAGAUCAUUUAGACAGAGAUACUUAAGCCAUAAGUCUUUCCAAAGGAAAACCAACAAUAUGCAAUGAUGAAUAACUCUCCUUGUCUUCUUUAAUUAGUCUCUCAAUGAAAUAUACAAAUGAUCUUCAUAAAUCUUCUUUCCAAAAUGCAAAUAAUAUACAGAUAGCCAAACAGACUUUCAGAUAGAUCAUUCAACAGCGGCGGGUAUAGUCUGAACAAAGUCCAGUGCAGCUUUUGGAUCAAAAAAAGUAUGAGGAGGAGAAUUAGCAGGAAAAAUUUUAAUUCUUGUCAGGUACCUCAAAUACGGAAGAAGUUUUUUUUAUCAUAUGCUUGUUUCAUUACCAGGGCAAAUUUUGCUCUUUGUUCCAUUAUCUCUCUUGGAUAAUCUUCGUAAAAGCGGAGCUCAGAUUCUAUAAAUCUAAAAACUUUCUGUUUUCUUGCCUGUCGUAUUAUUUGAUCUUUAAUUUUAAAGUGAUGAAAGCAAACCAGAACAGAUCUUGGUUUACUAGAAUCCUUCAAUUUCAAGAUAAACGCCCUGUGUGCCCUUUCUAUAGCAGGCAACUAUAGAAAUAAAGUGUAGAAAAGCUUACCAAAGUAAGCCGUUAGAUCUCCAUCUUCAGCUCCUUCUUGCGACCCAACAAUUCGUAUAUUCCUUCGUCGAGACUUAGUUUCCAGGUCUAUAAUCUCAUUUUGAUAUCUUUCCAAACGAGUUGUAACUUCAGACAACUUUUGCUUAGUUAUCUUCAAUUCCUCUUUGUGUGAAAUAACUUGAGUUUCCAGGUCUUUAAGUUUUCCCAGAAAUGACUUCAUUUCAUUACUAUUCUUUUCCAGUUGGUCUUUAAUUGAUCCAUUCUGAUCCUUAAUUCGAUUCAGUGAUUCGAACGAUAUCUUCAGCCCACGAUGGCAUUUCAUCAGAUCUUUCCUUUUGCACCUUUCCUUUCCCAUUACCUUUAUCACUAGGUUCAGGUAAAUUCUUCCCAUUUCUUGUAGACAUAGACAUAUUGAUCCCAUCAAGAAUCAGCAAGUAAAAAUUUUAAAUUCAAAGCUUAAACUGGGGGUAGAGAAAGGAAACUAAGAGCAGCACAAAAAUACUGCUACUCCAUUUGCAGACAGGGCGGUCCUCCAACUAGGGUAAUGGUAGGAAGAACAAAGGGAUCUGGGAAUACAGGCCCAUAAUUCUUUGCAAGUGGAAUCACAGUUAGAUAGGGUUGUCAAGAAAGCAUUUGGCACAUUGUCCUUUAUAACUCGAUGUAUUGAGUACUGAAGAUUGGAUGUGAUGGUGAGGCCUAAUCUGGAGUAUUGUGUGCAGUUUUGGUCACCUACCUACAGGAAGGAUGUAAAUAAGGUUGAAAGAAUACAGAGAAAAUUCACAAGGAUGUCAGCGGGUCUGGAGGACCUGAGUUAGAAGGAAAGAUUCAAUUGGUUUGGACUGUAUACUUUAGAACAUAGAAGAUUGAGGGGAGAUUUGAAAGACGUAUACAAAAUUGAGGAGUAUAGAUAGGGUAAAUGCAAGCGGGCUUUUUCCACUGAGGUUGGGUGGGUCUACAACCUAAGGUUAUGGGUUAAGGAUAAAAGGUGAGAAGCUUAAGGGGAACAUGAGAGGAAACUUCUUCACUGAGGGUCAUGUGAGUGUGGAAUAAGCUGCCAACACAAGUGGUGCAUGUGAGCUGAAUAUCACCAUUUAAGCGAAGUUUGGAUCUGGAUAGUAAUGAUAUGAGUAAUGAGUCCUUAGGUUGUGGCAACAGUUCAGUGAUGGUUGAGUGAAGUUAUCCCCUGUGGGAUAGAAAUAGCAAUAAAUAAUGAGCAAGAAAUAACAAUAUGGAGUCCUUAAAGAGAGACCAUUGGCUGUGGGAACACCAGAAGCAGAACGAGUGUAGAUGACUGAGGAGUAAAUACUGUCCCUGAACCUGGUGGUGUGGGUCCUAAGGCUUCUGUAGCACCUUCCUGAUGGCAGCAACAAGAAGGAGCAUAGCUUGGAUGGUAGGAGUCUUAAAUGAUGAAUGCUGAUUUCUUGCAACAAUGCUUCAUGUAGAUGUGCUCAAUGUUGGGAGCGCUUUGGCCACGAUGGAUCGGGUCAUAUCCACUACUUUUUGUAGGCUUUUCUGUUCAAAAGUAUUUGUGUUUCCAUACCAGGCCAUGAUACAACCAGUCAAUAUACUUUCUACCACACAUCUAUAGAAGUUUGUCAAAGUUUUAGAUGGUGCUGAAUCUUUGCAAACUUCUAAGAAAGUAGAGGAGCUACUUUACUUUGUUAGGUGCUGGACCCAGGAUAGAUCCUCUGAAAUGGAGGCUGGACUUCAAUAUCUGCUGACCUUCUCCACCUCUGAUCGCAUGAUGAGGACUGGCUCAUGGACCUCUGCUUUCCUCCUCCUGAAGUCAGUAAUAAGCUCCUUGGUCUUGCUGACAUUGAGUGAGAGGUUGUUGUUAUAGCACCACUCAGCCAGAUUUUCAGUCUCCCUUCCAUAUACUGAUUCAUCACCACUUAUGAGACAAUAGUUAACCAAUUUACAAGGGUGUUACUAGGACUGGAGAGCUUCAGUUAUAAGAAGAGGUUGGAUAGGCUGGUGCUCUUUUCUCUAGAGCAUAGGAGGCCGAAGGCUGAUUUUAUAUAAGUUUAUAAAAUCUUGACAGGCAGAGAUAAGCUGCAUGGUCAUGGUCUUUUCCUCGAGGUAGAAGAGUCUAAAACUGGAGAGCACAGGUUUAAGGUGAGAGGGGAAGAAAUUUAAGUAGGACCUUAGAUGGUGAUGGGUAUAAUAAAGCCAGUUCCCAGAGGCUGUUGUGGAGGUGUGUAUAAUUACAAAGUUUAAAAGAUGCAUGGAUAGAGAAGGUUUACAGAAAUCUAUGCCAAAUUGAGGCAAAUGAGUCCAACACAUAAAAGGUUGAAGGAACGUAAUAAACUUUUCCCCCAUAGCCGCUGAGUCCCUCCAGCAGAUUUCGUGAUGAUCCAGAUUGCAGUGGCUGUCGUCUCCUAUGUCUCCCUCAUCAUUGAGCCUGUCUCCAUAUGGUCCUCUGUCUGAACCCUCACUUAACCCCUCUCCUCCAUUUCAGGUUUUAAGCUGUAACCGCUCCAGCCUCCCCUUCAGUCCUGGAGAAGAGUCCUAACCAAAUAUUGACGGGCUUUCUCCUUCCGCGAAGGAGGCUUGAUCGAGUUCUUCCAGCCUUUCUGUUUAGUGUCAUCACUGCAGCAGCUGCAGGGUUAUUCGCUUGACCGUCUCCCGUCAGUUGCUAUGGUGACGGAGCAGCCAAGGCUCUUCUGGUGACGGAACGGUCGUUGCCUGGCGACGGAGUCGUGGAGGAGAAGCGGCCGCGAUCAACCGUUGUUAUGGUGACGGAGUAGCCGCGGCUCGGCCGUCGCCGCUCUCGGAACCAAGGCCCGGUCACUCAUGGCGGGCUCCGGACACCUGGAUUUGCUGCAUGGCCUCCCGUCGCUUCGCUUCGAGGCGCCGCUGAGCGAAGGAGAGAAAAAAUUCAGUAAAAUGGUCAGGGUCCGCGCCUGGGCUCACACCGCAUGCAGUUGUGCUCACGCCGCUUUCUACUGCAGUCUUCUGACAGCCGUCAGAUGCCAUGUGCUGGAAAACACCUGUUUUCCCCAUUCCUGGAUGGCGAAGUUCCAGAUACUCCAAUCCAACAGCGGUUGUCUGCGCAUUGGAAUCCUGGGUGAGGGCCACCUUGUGAAGCAGCUGGUGUUAGUUUUGACUCAGCAUGGAAACGUGGCUCCAAUGCACAUCACCAUCUCCACCAAGAGACCAGAGACACUCGAGGAGCUAAUGGAUCUGGGAGUCCACUGCAUCUAUGACAACCAACAGCUGGCUGCUUCUGUAGACGUGUUAUUUCUCUGCUGUCAGCUAUUUCAACUGACACUGGUUUCCUCUCAGAUACGGGGCCACAUCUCCAAGACCUGCAUUGUGUACAGCCUGGUGACUGCGGUACCUGCGAAGAGGCUCCAGAAUCUCCUAGGACACAGCAACAUAGUGAGGCCACAGUAUAUUAUUCAAAAAGAUCCCUGGCUUUAUCUGUGGGAGAAGUAUAGAACUGUUGUUGAAGGUCUGCUUGUUCAGGAAGUGGUCGAAGAAACAAGCCCAUUUAAAUGGAAAAGUCAGAAAUGUGUGAAAGCAAAGUGGUUUGAGGAAGUUUUGUACUCGGUCCUGAAUGUAUGCAACUUUCUGAAAGUGCCUCACCUGAGCACAUUGAGGAUUCUCAACAAUCUGCUGUUUGGUGUCACACAAAGUCUGGAAGCUUUGCAUGAUCCAGAUUUAUUCGUGUGUGAAAGCUUCAUUACUGAAUCUUGUGCAGAAUCACUGUCACAUAACAGCCCUUUCCCCUGGAUCGACUUGCCUUCAGUGUCUACGCAGCCCACUCCCCUUACGAAAUUCUUCAGCAUACACCCACGGCUACAGGGGCAUUUCAGCUUUGUGUACCGCAUGAAGAUGUUAAAGAAGACAAACAAACUUGAUGACGAUGGAUGCUGUAGACUCCGAACCUCUGAAGAAAGAUGGACGAUGGAUUGGAAUUGAUCUAUUGAAUCCAUCA